AUGUCUUACGCCCGGCUCGACGACGGUGGUGGGGAGGAGGAAAGCGAGAAGUUGGCAGGCGGUGCUCACAUCGAAUUAUCACCCCUAAAACCCCCAACUCCCACUUCGACUUCAACACCCCCAAAACGCCAUGGACAAGGCCGCUUCUUCAAAACCCCACACGCCCUACACGGCGGCAUCUCCAUCGCCGCCGGCGCCACCAUGAUGCUCUUCGGCUACGAACAGGGCGUAUUCGGUGGCAUAAUAGUCGGCCAUUCCUUCCUCUCCUACUUCCAGCACCCCUCGCCCGCCCAACAAGGCUGGGUCACAGCCUGCUACGACCUAGGUUGUUUCGCCGGCGCCCUACUCGCCCUCUUCAUCGGCGAAACACUAGGCCGGCGGCGAAUGCUCCUGGUGUUUACCGUCAUCAUGGCUUCUGGGAUUGUCCUCCAGACGGCUGCCGGUAGUAUGGAUAUGAUGGUAUGGGGAAGAAUCGUGGCGGGGAUCGGCAACGGCGGCAAUACCGCCACGGCGCCCGUCUGGCAUGUCGAGACGGCGCAUCAUAGCGCCAAGGGUAUGGCUGUCGUCAAGGAGAUGGCGGUUAAUAUCCUUGGGUUUGCUAUUGCGUCUUUUAUCACCCUUGCUUGCAGUCCUCUACUCACAGAAGCGCAGUGGAGAUUUCCUCUUGGGAUUCAGCUUCUUUUUGUUGUGGUGAUUCUUGUGCUGGUGGCGAUGUUACCAGAAUCCCCCCGCUGGCUCCUAUCCCGCAACCGCGACGCCGAAGCCAAGCACGUCAUGCUCCUCCUGAACUCUCACGACAUCGAGGCAGAAUUCGAGUCGAUCCGCCAGUCCGUCCAGGCCGAGCAAGCCGCCCAAGCCUCCUGGGUCCAGCUCUUCCACGGCGGCCGCGCCACGCGCAGAGUCGCCCUAGGCAUGCUCCUGCAAUCCUUCCAGCAACUAAGCGGCGUCAAUGUGCUGGGGUAUUACCUGCCCGUCGUGCUGCAUAGGAGUGUCGGGCUGCCGGAGCUUACGGCGAGGUGGGUGAGCGCUGCGAAUGCGGUGUCGUACUUUUUCGCGGCGAGUGCGAGUGUGGCUUGGAUUGACCGCGUUGGACGGCGGCCGUUGCUGAUGGGCGGCGCGGCGGCUAUGAGUUUGGCGUUUUUGGGGGUUGGUGUGGGGGUUGGUGUUGGGGAUGCCAUGCCGGGGAAUGCUGUUCCGGGGACUGUGGCCACGGUUUUUAUUUGGUUUUUCUUUACGAGCUUUGCUUCGGGGUGGUUGUCUGUGCCGUGGCUUUAUCCUGCCGAAGUCAACAGCCUCGGCAUGCGCACCAAAGGCGCCGCCCUCGCAACGGCCUGCGACUGGCUGUUCAACUGGGCCGUCGUGCAGGCCACACCGCCGGGGAUCACCCACCUGGGCUGGGGGUUCUACAUGAUCUUUGCCGUCCUCAACGCCGUCUUUGUGCCUGUCAUAUACUUUUUGGUGGUGGAGACCAGAGGGCGUCGCCUCGAAGAUAUGGACGCUUGGUUCGACGCUAACAAGUCCUGGUUCGUCCACCGGGCGGACCAUUUUGUUCAUGAAAAGGGCCAGCGCAAAGUCGUUAGCGACCACCUCUUCCGAUCUAUUGGCAUAGCCGACGAUCAAGAGGCUAUGAUGGAGGCUUUUGAUGGGUCGGAUUUUGAAAGCCUUGUCAGCGACGACGAAGAGACUCGGCCGAGCGGCGCGCCGCUGCCGAUGAAGCUGGAGCUGGGUCUGGUGCUGGACCCGGAACCGGAGCCGGAGUUGGACCUGGAGAUGGACUUGGGCAUGGACCUGGAGAUGGAGCCGAGGUUGGAAUUGGGUGGGUGCUCUCUACGACGCGGAGAGCAGGUCUUAGGCUCGGAUAUCAAGCACAGCGUUCAGGCCCGCGUCAAACUGGGUGCCGACGUGCUUUGA